UAUACAAAUAUAAAAUGAAUCAAAUUUUUAGAAGCGGUAUUUCUAAAUUAAUUAGAGAUAAUAAUGGUUUAUAUCAACGUAAAGCAGAAAAAAGUUUAAAGGAUUUAUUCGAACAUAAUUAUGCAAAAGGUACAUACCCACAUGCAGGUCGUUCAUGGGAAGCUAAAGAUCUUCGUGGUAAAUCAUUCAACGAUUUACACGAAAUUUGGUUCGAGUUAUCAAUUGAAAGAAAUAAACUUUUAACAGAAAAAGCAUCAAAUAAAGGAAAUACACUCGAAAAUCCAUUACGUCUUAGAAAAGUAAAGAAAUCAAUGGCUGCAGUUAAAACUGUUUUAGGUGAAAGAGAUACAUUAAAAAAGACUUUAUAUUUAUUAAAAAAUGAAUCAAAUGAUGCCCCAAAAAAUAGAAUCGAAGAAUUAAAGGAAAAGGUUGCAAAAUUAUCAAUUUUAGUUGGUGCUGUUUCUUUAUCCCCUGGUUUAAAAGAAUUAGAAUCAUUACAAACUGCAUUAAAAGUUGAUGAAAAUUUAGAAAAAAAUAUAGAUUUAUUAGUAGAAAACAAAAAAUAAUAAAAAAUUAACAUAAAAAAAUAACAUAAAAAAUAAAAUAAAAUAUAAAUUUUCGAUAAUAUAUAUAAAUAAAUAAAAUUAUAAUAUAUAAUC